CGAGACCUCACCUCUAAAGGUACAGCAAGGACUGCUGGCGAAGUUUUUUAUGAGUCAGCCUAUCGAAAGCUCGUGACAGCGGACUUGCGCGACAUGCUUGUUUUGCUGUUGAAAGACUACAGGCGGAGCGUGGAUCCUGAGGGCAUGCCCAUCUUGGUCCAGCUUUUCUUGACGGUAUUCUUAAGGCCAUAAUAGCAAAUACUAGGUCUAACGUAUUAUGAGGAUCUUCUUACGGCAGGAGCUCAGAUGUUGAAGGAUACUACUAUCAUCCGUUCAUCUAUCAAUUUUCUUUAGUUCUUCUCCUCAGGGAAAGAAUUCUCUCCUGUUUUCAAAGUAGGUUCCAACAUAAGUAUUUAAGUGGGCAUUUGUUCCAACAUAUUUUUUAAUUUGCCGGGAGAUGGUCAGCUCUAAUAUUUGGACAUAGCAACGUUUCUGCAACGCAUAUGAAUCUUUCACCGGCAGAACCACUGCCACACGCUUCCGUCAACCCUGCUGGAGGCAACGGUCCUCCUUUAAGGCACGACUCACUAUAUUUGUUGUAGAGCCCUAACUAAGGAAAAAGAAACUCGGAAAGGAUGUAAAGACUCAAGUUCGUUGUAGAAACAUCUUUUGAAUGUGAGUGUGACACUGACAUCUUUUGAAUGAGCAGGUGAGAACAAGCAGCAAGAGCCGGCUUGUGUCCAGAUGAAUAGGAUUUUUGCUAUCAUCUCUAAAAUCUGGAAGGGACGCACUUGGCACGACAGUCUUGGGACGCGAAGCGAAACCCUCCAAACUCUGGAAUUUUUAUUCGUAUCUGGUCUUUUCCGCAGGUUCCGCACAGUGCGAAAGACUUCUAGUUACGAGGAGUAUAACAAACGAGGAUACUAACUUUGUUCUCAAUAAAUAGGUGGAUACUUAAAUUUUCAAGAAUAUAUAGGUAGACCUUCCCUAAGUUUUCAAUUUACUUAAAAAUGAAAGAGUGUUUGCCGUUGUCCCAAAAAAGACACUAUUGAAAUUUAUAGGUGUCGCCUAUCCCUACGAGUUUGGUGCAUCAUCAUGAUCGUGAUCUUCAGGAUCAUUUUGCUCAUCAUUUUGCUCUGAGAAAGAAGGUAGUUGUAGAUUUUUUCCUAUUUUUUUCGAGUGCACAGGUUCUUCUUCUUGUGCCAAGAAAGAAGAAACUUGUUGAUUGUUCCCCAGAGAAAGGGCCAGAAAGAGGUAAUUUUGCUAUAUAUAAUAAAUUGCAGACUUCUCACCUCUAGCGCAUGGGCAUAGAGUUAUCUCUAGGACGUUCUAAUUCAGGGCCUUUGCGAAGUUGGCAGUCGAAGUCUUCGAGAGAUUCCAAUCUCUUCGAGGAGAUGCUCUCAGUCCAAAAGUUCAUGGAGGAAUUUGCAGACGCGAUUAAAAGUCUUAAUUACGGCUUAGACUUAGAUAGUAGUAGGAGCAGUACGAGUAUGUAGUGCUAGAGCUAGGAGUAGCAGGAGUCGUACUAGUAGUGUAGUGUACCCAGCAUUCAUCUGGGGGUAAUCAACGAGCGGGGUAAGUAUCAUCAGACUCAGCACUUUCCUUAGUCAGUCAAGAAAACUAUCCCCUGAGCCUGCUGUCGAGUAGGAGUGGUCUCGAGUCGCCUUCAUUGGUACAGUCCUCUCAGUGUUUGUACUAUUUCGUGCUUCGACUUCAACUUCAUUAGUCAUCACAGAGAUUGGGUGGAGUCUUUCCUUCACAUCAAGCCAGCGAUAGUGAUUGCCUUUGACUACCUUUAAUUUAGGGAAGAAAUCUUUUGCGACGAGAAAUACUACAGCAUGGCCUGGGAUACGGUUUUCGCGCCAAGCGAUCCGAAUGCCAAAAAACAACUUUUAUGAAGACGUUUUUCGAAAAAUGGAAAGUCUUUUCGAACUUGUUUCAUCAUACCUGUAGUUGUGAUGUGUGCCGUAGGUUGGAGACUUAUAAUAAACCACCACUUACUUCUUGUGUUAAAAAGCUGGGUACUCUUAAUGAAGAAAUGAGGUGUCACUAUCAUUUUUCUUCAGUACACUCGAGCAUGGUCAUACUAUCUAAUCUUAGGGAUCCUUCUCUUGUAGCUGUGUGUAGGAGUAAAACUCUAAUGUCAGCAAGCAAGUACCAGAAGUAUUCGGUGCAUCUGGUCGUAGACGCUCUGCGGCAGCACGUGCGGGAUGCACUCUUCUGGGUCGCAGGGGAGAAAAAGGUAUACUUUCAUUGAUAGAGCCAGUUGUUCCUUCUGAAUCAACUUUACCCGUAGCUUGUAGAGUGUCGUGUAAAAGUAUGCGUGUUUUUUUGUCCUGGACUAUGGUGGAAUUGAAAAUUCGUCUAUCUAUGUUAAAUUUCGACUUCUUCCCCUAAAAAAGGCACCCCCACGACCUCCAUGGGCAUUCCUUUUUCUAGGUAACUGGUGUUAGCAAUUUCCAGCCACAACAUGGUGGCCCCCGUCGAAGACCGUGGAAUAUGGCAUCUGAAGAGGAGCUGCCACCCUCUGGAGGCAAG